AUGGUUGGACUCAAGUCAACUCAUCUUACUCGAAUCAAGUCGAGUUUGAUUUUUAUGACUCGAACAGCACCUGAGUCAAAAACUCGAUUAUAUCGAAUAAACCCGACACAUGUCAAUUCGAGUGCAUAUGACUAUAACUCGAGUCAAUGUGAUUUAAGAAAAUAUUUACAACAAAAUCAUAACCAACUUACAUGGAAACAAAGAAUCAACAUAAUUGGAAGCAUAAUCAUAGCAGUUUUACACCUUCAUUAUGAAAAUUCUAUUCAUAGAGAUUUGCAUUCAGGAAAUAUAUUAUAUUCUGAAUAUACUGGUAGAUGGUAUAUUAGUGAUUUUGGAUUUUGUGGACCUGCUGAUAAACCAUUAGGAAGUAUAUAUGGAAAUCUUCCUUAUAUAUCGCCUGAAGUUAUUAAUGGAACAGGAUAUACUUUUGCAUCAGAUAUUUAUAUAAUGAAAAUAAUGAAUGGAAUGAGACCAAAUAUAGUAAAUGGAACUCCAUUGGAAUAUGCAAAUUUAAUGGUUCAAUGUUGGGAUGCUGAUCCAUCAAAGAGACACGAUAUUAAAAACCUUAAAGGUGCUUAUAAACAAAAAAAUAUAUCUGAUUCAAAUAUCACUCCAGGUCGUGUUGAAUCAAGUAUUUUUAGAUACAAGGGAUUAAAUAGUUCAUCUACUACCAACAAGAGCUCUUAUACAUCAGGAUCUUUUAAUUUCGUCAAAUCAUCCUUUUCACAAUAA